AUGCUUCAUCGUCCGCUGGUCAUAUUGCAUCCAACGCUCAGGUCCCUCCAGCUCGCAUUGUUCGAUACAAGCGCGAAUGGCUGGGGCGCUGGAACCUACGAGGUUUGGAAUGUUACUCAAGACAGCGACGUUUCCACGGAGAUAGUCGUUGUGAUGACCGGUGACGCUGUCAACGGAUGGUGGGGCGGCUCUUUCGAGAUCACGGACAUGGAAGGUACCUCGCUGAUAACUGGAGGUCUAGUCAGCGGCGGUGGACCGGAGGAGGCUGUAAAGUGCAAGAGUUGCAAGCCGACAGAGAGCGAUCCGAUCGAUGCUCCCAUCUUGGAGUUCAGAAGCACGGACGCCGCCGAAUCGCAGUUCCCUACCGGCAGGGUCUUUUAUGCGCCAGGCGGCUAUGUUGGCGAGGGAGCGCUGGAAUCUGGGAGCGCUGCCGUGCAUCUUCUCCCGUCGGUGCGGAGAGGAGACAUCCUGGCGCUCUCCGUCCAUCCCGGAACACAAGCUGAUGCUUCGCAGAUCAGCUAUGAGGUGAGAGAGGAAGACUGGGCCGUCAUCUUCUCCGUAGAAGAUGGCGAUGCGUACGAGACGAAGUUCCCGCAGAUGCACCGCUUUGGGGUGAAAGGCCCCGGCGUGUGCACGCAGAACUCUGUUGACUCCAUCAGCCCAGCCUCGUGGCCAACCAACUUCGGGGACCCAAAGAGUCUCGGCCGGUGCUGGGAUGCGUACAACGCAGAGCAUUGGGGAGUCGUUACGAGGAACCUGGUCCUGGCUGCAGAUUUCGUCUAUUUUGUGCCUGAUGCUGGCAGCACGACCCUGUUCCGUGCCGAUGUUGCCACCAUGACUCAGGUUCAGGAAUUGAGCGUUGGCUCAAGCUUCUCCUCCGGGUUUGCAGAUCGAGAUGGGGCAUAUGUGUACUUGGUACCGGACAGUUCCGGUUAUGCCUUCAAGCGUGUCGCAACCAGCACGUUCGAUGCGACGGAGACUGCGACCUUGGCGCAAACGAGCUUCAUGGGUGGUUUUGUCUCCGGCGAGUUUGCGUACGUGAUGCCAGGAACCUUCGCCCAUGGUGUGAUCAACAGGGUGGACAUCGAAGGGUUUUCAACCGUCAGUGAGCUGGACCUGAAGUCUGUCGAUUCGAGCCUCAGGGACUUUUCUGGUGGAUUCCGCAAUGGAGAGUGGGGUUACUUGGUGCCGUUGCAGGACAACGCCAAUUCCCCGAGCAGCAAGGUGGUCCGCUUCAAGCUGGCCACCUUCUCUACGCAAGAUGUGGAAAUUCUCCAGCUGUCGACAUCUGGCGGCUUCAUUGCUGGGUUUCAGGAUGGAAGAUAUGGCUACCUGGUUGGCGAAACCAGUGAGGAACUCGUUCGAUUCAGGUUGGACAUCUUCGGUGAUGAUGAAGCUUUGUCCUUAUCUGGAGAGCUCUCCGGCAAUGAGAUUAGUGGAGCUUUGAAGGUGGGUGACUAUGCUUACGUCUUGGCGAAAGACGGCAAAGUCGCCGCAGCCUCAGCCGUCUUUCUGGGCUGUCGCGCGUUCCCCGGUGCUUUCCCAGAGCCAUGGUCAACAGGGCAUGAUGGCAAGUUAUGCACCGAGGUUCACGUAGACCUGGCCACCUUCAGCGCUGACGAUGUCUUCGAUGUAAACGGCGGCUCUGAUGCUCCUCGCCCCGCUGUGAUGGCCGGUGGCAGGAUCAUCAUUCGACGCACGGGAACUUCUGCAGGAACUGCGACCUUCGACAGGAUUUGCCAGGUUCUCAGUGCAGUCUUAGAUGUUCUGGCAGGACUGGAAGUGUCCGGCUACACGAUGGAAGAGCCAGCAGAGUUCGAUUUCUCACUCUUCACAAGUGCUUUCACGGACGACAAGUACGUUUAUUUCUUCCGCGACACGCUCGGGCUCUUCCGCUCCGAGCUUCUUCUUGACAGCGCGGGCCUGCUUCCAAGCCAAAAGAUGACGAUACCCCAGGGUGUCCAGAACAACGGCUACUUCGGAGGUUUCGUGGAUGGCAACUACGGCUAUUUGCUGCCUUCCACGGACCAUGCGAUCGUCCUGCGCUUUCAGCUGGAGACCUUUACUUUCGUCGAUUCUCUGAACCUGGCGGACUCCUGGGAUGGCGACGCGGCCAACGUAGUCAAUUGGUGGGGUGGCUUCAUUUACGGAGAGCACGGCUACCUCCUUCCCAACGGAAAGGGUGUGCUUCCAAGAUUCAGCUUUGCGAACUUUACCACGGCGGACUUCUUCGACCUUACUAGUGUGGAUGCGGAGUUGCAGACGCUUGGGCUCACUGUGCACGCACGUGCAGACAUCUGUACUGCAUCAGAUGAGAUGUGCUCCAAUCCGCAGUCGGAGUGUGGAGUGCCACGCUCAAGCUCUCAUAUCGAAGAAGCUGGCCUCGAGACGCCUCUAGCGCAGGUGGCGAAGCUUAACCUCGAGUCAAGCUUCCCUUCUUCCCUGACAGUGUGGGACAUCUCAGGCUGGGCAGACGCAGGAGAUGGCAACACUUACUGCGGAGGUUUCGGCCAGGGCUUCAGCGAUGGGUUCACCGACGGCACCUACGUGUACAUGCUGCCAGGCUCUUCUGGCCAGCACCUGGCUCGCUUCGCCUUCGGCGACUUCGGCAGUGAUGAUCCAGCGGCUUUGGUUUGGGUGGCUGUGGCGACGUCGUCCUACGACGGCCUCGCAGGCUUUGCGGGCACAAGCUCGGCGUACUUGGUGCAGAAGUUUUCCAGCAAGAUCUCGAAGCUGGAUCUCCAAAGCGCAACAGUCACGGACACUGUGGAUGUCAACCAGGUCUACGGGUUCUACGCAGCAACUUCCAGCCACUCAGAUGUUCUCCUUUUCACGGACACCGACUACAAGAAGCUCUUUCGGGUGUGCCAGGUUUCCGUAAAGAAUAUUGCAUUUACGAACAAUGACUACACGGGGCUGAACAGUGGCUUUUCCGACGACACAUACAUCUACCUCGUGCCGCAUCAACGUUCCGUGCUGUUUCGCUAUGACCGGCAGAAUACGGUGUCCUACGUCGACCUGCCCACCAGCCAGGCCUACAGAGGAGGCUUCGCCCAUGGAAACUAUACAUACCUCGUCCCUGGUUCCGGUAACAAGCUGCUUCUCCGUAUCAACGUGCUCGAGUGGCAUCCCUCGUUUGUGGACAGCUCCGACCUGUCGUUGGUGUCUUCGAACCUGCAAAGCUUCUAUGGUGGCUUCCACGACGACACCUACGGCUACCUUGUUCCCGGAGAGUAUGGCCAAGUUGUCCGCUUCCAGCUUGGAGACAGUUUCGGAGAUAUCCAGGUGCUAGAUAUCACUGCGAUACAGAACGAACUGCGGAAGUUCAGGAAUGGGUUCUCCGACGGCACCUGGGGAUACCUGGUGCCUUAUCAGACGAGUUCAAACUCUGCGUCUGGGAAGGUCGUGCGUUUUGACCUUGAGACUUUCAGCACCGUAGAAGUCCUCGACGUUGCAGCAUCGAAUUCCGAUGCUGUGGCGUUCAACGACGGCUUCCACGACGGCACAUACGGUUAUCUGGUUCCUGGCCAGCAUGGAAAAAUCGCGCGAUUCUCCCUCGUAGACUUCAACACAGACAACCUGCAGUACCUGGAUGCAUCUGCGGCAGGCAGCAGCUACGUGGCCGGCUUCCAGAGGGGUCACAGCGGCUACGUGGCCUCAGAGAGCGGCAAGAUCUUCAAGUUCAACCUCGGCCUGUUCUCAGCCGUCGCCACCCAGGACUUGCAGACCACCUUGUACGACAUGGUCAUGGUGCAGGGCCAGUUCUACGCCCUGUCUUCGUCAGACUAUCGGCAGUUCAUCCGCUAUUGCGAGGAACCGCCCUUUGUGCAAGUGGACCGAGCUCCUUGCCAGGAGGGCCAGGAAUUGCAGAACUACAGCGAUGUGCUACCGAUGUCCGUGUCCAGCAUCGGUGGUGUCUUCAGCGAUGGCCUCUACCUGUACACUUUACCGAUGUCCUUUCUGGAGGUGCACCGCUUCGACUUAGCGACAUUUCAGAUCUAUCAGAAGUUGGACCUCUCCAGUCUUGGCCUCCAGACCUACACUUACUCAGCCGGCCUAACUGACGGUGCCUUCGGAUACUUGAUUCCCGGAAGUGGCGGCUCAGAAGUGGUUCGCUUUGAUCUGGCCAGCUUCGCGAGUUCUGCAGUGGAAGUGCAAGACCUGGCUCAGGUCGACUCGAGCCUGACAGGCUUUUCCGGCGGCUUUCUCGUUGGCAGCAGCCUUUAUCUGGUGCCUCAGGACUGCAGAUCCGUGCCCCAAAACUCUGCUGCAGGCAGCGUGACGUUUUUGUCCCUGACGAGCACAGAUCCCGACCUGGUAAACCUGAGACCAGGGUUCGUCGAACGCGACCCCUCCUUCGCCUUCCUGGCCUCCUACCAAGACGGCUCGUACCAAGACGUCGGCAAGAUCGUGAAAAUUAGUCUCAGCUCCUUUUCUGUUGACUCAGUCCUCGACUUGUCGAGCGUGUCGUCUGACUACGUCGCGUUUUCUGCCACCUUCUCCGAGAAUUUCGGAGGCUACUCUGGGUUUGCUCUGUGCAGCAUGACCCCAAAAGUGAUCCGCUACGCCCUGGACACCAUGGCUUUCCUGGAAGAGAAGGACUUCAGCGAACACAGUUUCUCCGGGUUCGCGCACGGCGCCCACGACGGGACCUAUGGAUACCUGGCCUCGGAUAGCUCGGCCAAACUCGUGCAGUUCAAUUGGCAAGAAAAUCUGUUCGCGGUCAUCGAUGCGAGCAACACCGGUGCAUUCGGCUUCAACAGCUUCGCACUGGCUGCUCCGGACGUUUACUUGGGAUCCAGCAGCGAUUAUCGAAGCUUCUACCGCAAGUGCCCGCAGGAGCCAGAGCUCAUUGCAGCAUCUAGGUCGACCUCCGUGACAGCCACGUCAACAUCUGCCACAGUGACAUCGACCUUCUUCGAGACGUCGACCUCUACAGGAACGGGGCCGGACCCAACGACGACAACAUCGACGACAGCAACAGCUACUCACACCGCAGUUGCGGCAACCGUCACAUCAUCCACGACAACAGCUUCUGCAAACGCGGUUGAAACCAACAGCAGCCAGUGCAGCCAGGGCAAUCUAAGCUACGUGCACUAUCUCUUCGAUGCUGAGGCAGACAUCCCAAGACUUCUGGGUGCUGAGCCCUCUGGCUUGUUCACAGAUGCGGUGUCCACGAACAUCUUCUCCGAGGACUCCGCUGUGGUGGUUCGAAGGGGGAUAGCGCCGCAGACCAACUUCACUGGCGUGGACCUCGCACAGGGUGGGCUCUUCAGCGGGUUCCGGGCCGGGUUCUUCGCCGUCCCAGAUCUCGCGGUGCUCGUUCCACCUGACUCCGGCUGGGUGGCGGGCUUCAAUGUGUCCGACGCGGAGAACACGAUUUCUUUGAAUCUUCUCAACCACUCUUCGGAGCUGACCAACUUCUCUGGUGGCUUCGCCGCAAAGGCUUGGGCCUUCUUGGUGCCUGCGUACUUUGGUCGAAUUCCACGGCUGCGAGCGGAUGACCUGGCAUUCAGCGGAAGUGUGGACCUGACUGAAACUUCUCCGGAUCUUCACGUGUUCUCCAGCGGAUUCUUUGUGGACGGUUACGGCUUCUUGGUGCCGCACUCCUCCAGGGAUGGAAGCCCCAUGGGCAAGGUCGUGCGCUUCAAUGUUGACACUUUCGAAGUGGAGCUCCUGGACCUUGCCACCCUCAAUGAGAACUUGGCAGGAUUCCAUAGCGGCAUCGAGCGAGAUGGCUUUGGAUACCUGGUCCCCGGGGUCUUCGGCUGGGCGGCGCGCUUCGAACUCGCCAACUUCAGUACCUCGUCGGUGCAGAUGCUGAAUCUUACCUAUGUCGGCGACUUCAUGGGGGCUCAUUUGGACACGUUCGGUUCGACCAUCUACUUCGUCACGCUCCAGGGCAGAUUCGUCGCGGUAGAUCUGCCGGAUUUCUCUCUCAGCGGCGUCUCGGACGGGCAGUUGGAGACCGAGUACUCGGUGUACCACCCCUUUUCGCACUACUAUCCUUCUGCCAUUGCCGGCUGGGGCAGGCAGUCCUUCUUGUGGAGCCUGGGGCCGACGAUGCUUUCCCUCGAGUGGUGCGAGAAUGGGGUUGCAGAGACAGGGACACCCAAGACGAUAGUCACGUUCGUUAUGUACGGCUACGACGAUGCCAGCUGGAGAGAUUAUGUUUGGGCGUUGAGCAUGAUCGACGGAAGAUCGCCGGUGUCGAUGCAUAUGUCUCCUGGUCCCUUCGGCAGCUGGGUGGGUGAGAACUUUCUUAUUGAGCGUGAGAGCGGUGAGGUGUUGCUCAACGUCACAUGGCAGGAAGACAUGGUUUCCCAGGAGUUCCAGGGUAUUGCCGGUGAAACUUUGUAUCUGACCGUGACGCCAGGCAACAGCUCCGGCAGCGACGGGCGCUGGUGGGACAUCAUCGACGACCACGGCAUCGCAUACUCUUCGUGGCAUCAGCUGUAUCCUUCAAAGCAGCCAUUCAUGGCGGUAGGAGUGACACUGAGAGCUGGAGGAGGUCAUUCGGAGAGGGCGAAGUUCGAGGAAUUCUACGUGGAACCCACUGCCAUAUUGAGCCUGAGUGUGAGCCCAAGAGGUGACACCAAUGGCACGAACAUAGCCUGGGUGCUGUACGACUCGAGCAUGGAUGCUAUCAUGCGAUCCGGUGGCGAGAUGUGGGAGAAGUUUCCGCAGAACGCUAUUUUCAGCCCUGGUUCUUUCGUCGAAGAGACAGGUCCAG